GGAUGAUUUUGAAUUGCAGGCAGCCGCGCGCUCAGAGCGACGUUGUACCCCUCGGACAUCACAUCAGUUGGUUCCCUGGUAGCAUCGAGCCGACCGUGUGUGCGCGCUGUACUGUUCCGGACCGGGAGCACUGCUGUCAUGGAGGCGCCGACGAUGCAGGAGCUGGACGCGCUGAGGUACUCCGAGCUGCAGAGACUGGCAAAGCGAGCCGGCCUCAGAGCUAACCUGAAGGCAGAUCGACUGCUCAAGGCUUUGAAAAAACAUUUCCAUCCAGGUUCCGAUGCAGACCUGACCAGCGAUGACUCUGAUGGCAACUCUACUCUCACUGAUAAAUUACAGAGCAGCCUGGAGAUGGAAGAACAGAUCUCUGUGUGUCACGUUAUUCACCGAAGGGGUAGGGGUGGAAAAAAACUACAACAGGAGUCUAGUUCUAAGGAGAAGUCCAAUUCUAGCAAUGAAGUUCAGGUGUCUGAAAAGGAGUCUACGCAGGAAAUCAUUAAUGAGAAAAAAGAUUUAGAGGAAAUGUCCGGGUCUGCAAACAAGCAAAGGAAACGAAAGAGGACGGGAUGUGAGAUUCCUGAUGACGCUACAAAAAUACCUACAAAAAGCAAAACUAAAGCCACCAUCAGUGCACCACCAGGUGGGAAGAUUCCAAGAUACACGGGUCGGUUAUCAAAGUCUGGAUCAAAACCAUCAACUCCAAACUUUAAAAAGCUGCACGAGGCCCACUUCCAGAAGAUGGAGUCAAUAGACAGAUACGUGGAACGAAAACGGAAGCGUUUAGAAGCAGUGAGCAUUAGCAUUCAAGAAGUAAAGAAGUCCUUACACAGCAAACCAUCCCCUUCAUCGUGGAAAAGUCCACUUCCUUCUGCAAAGACACCAUCAAGUCAGAGACGUAGCGGACGUAGUAGUGUUGCCAGCAGGAGUAUUCUGGUUGAGAAAACUGCGUUUAAGCCAACAACUUUUUCAACAUCCAAAAUGAAUGUUCGCUUUUCUGAAGGAACAAAAGAUAAUGAGCACAAACGCUCUCUGAUAAAGACACCCGCUCGACGGUCCUCUCCCUUUGUGCCGUUUUCACCGAACGGUGAUAUUAUCGGGAAGAUUGUUCAAGAGCCUGACGCAGUUACUACUCCGAUGAAAUUUACUGCCCAGACAGUAACAACCCCAAACACUAACAAAAAAUUGAAGUUUGACCUCCAGGCAAGUCUGACACGUCCACUUGGAUAUCAGCCACACAGAGGUAAACUUAAACCAUGGAGAGAGGCUAAAGAAAAUCAGGCUGCCGUAAAGAGCAGUGUGUCUGUGCUGAAGAAUACUUACAAGCAGCCCCCGCUUCCAACCAGAGACGAUCGGCGUAAACAGCAUGAAAAGGAAAGAAAGUGCAAGAGGGAGAAGGCCGUUGGAGCACGCAGAGGCAUUGCUUGCCCUUAGAAAUGAAAGUGUUUCUACAUCAUUUUUGUAAAUAGUUUUUUUAUAAUGCAGAUAAAUACGGAAACUUUUGUAGUAAUCGUCAUGCUUGUCUUGUUCAUAUUUUUAUGUGUGCAACUUUUAGCGUUCGCUAGAAAAAAAGAAAAAAAAAAUAUAUAUAUAUAUAUAUAUAUAUAUAUAUAUAUAUAUAUAUAUAUAUAUAUAUAUAUAUAUAUAUAUAUAUAUAUAUAUAUAUAUUUUAUAGAGAGAGAUAAUGGAAAGAUAUGUAGUCUUACAACCUCCGCACACUCCCUUUGGCAGCUGGUAAGAAUAAUACGCCUAGGCAUACAAGUGAGCCAUAUGGCUACGUCCUGCUUUGUAGAAUGUCUAUUCAUUAUGGAAAAAAUAAACCCUUUUAUUACUGCUAA